CAGGAAACUGUUGAUAUCGGAGUCCAUCUUGACCCACAUGUUAAGGAAAUAGAAUACAACCCUACAUAUGACACCUUAUUCGCACCUGAGUUUGGACCCAACAAUCCAUUUAAAACCCAGCAGAUGGCUGCUCCAAGGAACAUGCUUUCAGGAUACGCAGAACCAGCACACAUUAAUGACUUUAUGUUCGAACAGCAAAGAAGAACGUUUGCAACAUAUGGCUAUGCCCUGGAUCCAUCUUUGGAUAUUCAGGAUACAAGCACCAAAUACAUUGGUUCGGUGGAUGAGGCUGAGAAAAACCAAGGAUUAACAGUAUUUGAAUCUGGUCAGAAAAAACCUGACAAGAGAAAAAAAGUAAAAGGUAGUGAUGCUUCUGACAUAGAUGGCUUCCUUGGUCCAUGGGCAAAAUAUGUUGAUGAAAAAGAUGUUGCCAAGCCAUCAGAGGAAGAACAGAAGGAGCUGGAUGAGAUAACUGCAAAAAGACAGAAGAGAGGCAAACAAGAAGAAGACAAACCUGCUGAUGAGAAGACCAUAUUGCAUGUUAAAGAAAUGUAUGACUACCAAGGCAGGUCGUAUCUUCACAUUCCUCAAGAUGUGGAUGUAAAUCUACGCUCCACAGAAGUGCCAGAAAAAUGUUACCUACCCAAGAAGCAGAUCCAUGUCUGGUCUGGGCAUACAAAGGGAGUCAGUGCUGUGAGGUUAUUUCCUCUCUCUGGACACUUACUGCUGUCUUGUUCCAUGGACUGCAAGAUUAAGCUCUGGGAAGUGUACAAUGAAAGAAGAUGUUUACGGACUUUUAUAGGCCACAGUAAAGCCGUUCGGGACAUAUGUUUCAACAAUGGCGGAACACAGUUCCUGAGUGCAGCCUAUGAUCGCUAUCUCAAGUUGUGGGACUCAGAAACAGGACAGUGUAUUUCCAGGUUUACAAAUCGAAAAGUUCCAUACUGUGUCAAAUUCAAUCCUGAUGAAGAUAAACAGAGUUUGUUUGUGGCUGGAAUGUCAGAUAAGAAAAUAGUACAAUGGGAUAUUCGGACAGGAGAAAUUGUCCAAGAGUAUGACAGGCAUCUGGGAGCUGUCAACACCAUUACAUUUGUGGAUGAGAACAGACGCUUUGUAAGCACUUCUGAUGAUAAAAGCUUGAGAGUUUGGGAGUGGGAUAUCCCUGUGGAUUUCAAAUACAUAGCAGAGCCAAGUAUGCACUCAAUGCCAGCUGUUACACUUUCUCCUAAUGGUAAAUGGCUGGCAUGUCAAUCAAUGGACAACCAAAUUUUAAUAUUUGGCGCGCAAAAUAGAUUCAGGCUGAAUAAAAAGAAGAUUUUUAAGGGUCAUAUGGUUGCAGGCUAUGCUUGUCAAGUUGACUUUUCACCAGACAUGAGUUAUGUGGUUUCUGGUGAUGCUGAUGGAAAGCUGAACAUCUGGGAUUGGAAGACCACUAAACUGUACAGCAGAUUGAAAGCUCAUGAUAAAGUUUGCAUAGGUGCAGUAUGGCACCCACAUGAAACAUCUAAAGUUAUCACAUGUGGAUGGGAUGGCCUCAUCAAACUUUGGGACUAA